UGUGAGUGUGUGCACAGGUACAACGCACGCUGGCACGAUGUAAUAUUAUUAUUAUUGUUAUUGCCAUCAUCAUCGUCAUCGUCAUCGUAGGUAGACUGUCGUCGUCGUUGUGUGCGGUUUUGUUCUGCGCGUGUUUCCUCCAGCAGUCUGCAGUCGCGUGUGUACAGAAAUCACGACGCUCCGCGCAAUUUUUUCGACCGCGUGCAGCGCGACAGCGAUGCCCAAAUCUUCGGGUCGCGUAUAAUAUUAUAAUAGUAUUGAUUGAUCGUAACACAGCAUCAGCCUAUACAUUAUUAUAUGUAGCUGCCUGUCUGCGAUUAUACGCGGUAAAACACACUGCAGUCUUCCGUAUUUGCAAUCCGUUUUGACGACCACGCCGCGCCGCACUCCAGAGGUUAGAUGAACGCGAUAAUACAUCCGUGUCUAUACGUCGUUUUUGGACCGCGUUAGACGAUGGCGAUAUUAUAACGACAUGGAAAGACAACGAGCAGAGUCGACGUUCACCAUCAUUUCAAAGGUCAAGAAUUCGCCCAACGUGAACACUUUGGUGAAAUGGCUGAAGUCCAACAAGUUACUCAUAUUGAUCUUGGUAUCGGUCGUAUUCGGAGUGCUCUUGGGUUUAACAUUAAGACCAUUGCAUCUUAGCAGUGACACAAUCACUCUUAUUUCAUAUCCCGGUGAUCUUUUCUUGAGGACUUUAAAGUUGAUGGUGUUACCAUUCAUUAUAUCAUGUUUAAUUAUUGGUGCUGCUAAUUUGGACAUAAGCAAAAACGGCAAUGUAGCAGUCCGAACUAUUGUGUAUUUUGUCCUUACGUCUGUUUUUAAUGUCUGCUUGGGAUUAACGCUCGGUCUGCUCGUUCAUCCCGGCAGUCCGGAUUUAAGGUUGACAAAUACUACGUCGUUUUCAGGGCCUAAAAAAAUGAAUGUUAUGGAUGGAUUUUUAGAUAUGGGAAAGAAUUUAUUGCCAGAAAAUUUGUUUCAAGCUACAAUUCAACAAACAUUAACCGAAUAUGAGACUGUCAUGGGUUUUAAUAACACGAAAACGUUGAAAAAAGUUGUAAAAUACAAGGACGGUACAAAUACAUUGGGCAUAAUAUUCUUUUGCCUGAUUUUCGGAACCGUACUGGGCACGAUGGGUGAACGUAAACAACCCGUUUUGAACUUUUUCACGGUCACCUACGAGGUGAUGCAAAAGAUACUCACCGGAGUGAUUUGGUUUACGCCCAUUGGAGUGGCCAGCGUCAUAUGCGGGAAGAUCAUCACACUGGUCGAUCUCACCAACACGCUGGUUCAGCUCAGCUUAUUCAUCGUAACGACGGUCGGCGGUUUCCUAUUUUAUCAGCUGGUAGUCAUACAAAUCAUUUAUUUUGUGAUCGUGAAGAAGUCUCCGUGGCCGUACUACGUGUCACUGGGACCCGCUCUAGCGACCGCGUUUGCCACUGCUUCCAAGUCAGCGUCUCUUCCAAUAACAUUUAAAGUGUUGGACGAAAAAUUAAAGAUGAAUCCGAAAAUCACUAAAUUUGUCCUUCCAAUUGGUACAAUCAAUAUGGACGGUUCGGCUCUAUACCUAAGUGUAGCACUAUUAUUCUUGGCGCAAAUCAAUAAUUUGCAACUAGGCAUUGGAGAAAUUUUCACUAUCGGGUUGGCUUGCACGGCGGCAAGUAUGUCUUCGGCGGCUAUUCCGUCGGCUGCUAUCGUAUUGGUGGUAAUGCUGUGUAGCGUCAUCAACAUACCCACCGAAGACGUAUCUCUACUGUUUGCUGUCGAUUGGCUAGUGGACAGGUUCAGGACUACGAACAACCUGAUCGGAGAUUGUUACACGGUGGCUAUUGUUCAACAUUUAUCCAAAGAGGAAUUAGAGCAGGACGACAGUUUAAAUGAGAAAGAAGCCGAAGAAGCGCACGUCAACGGCACGUUUGUUAUACAAGAACAAGAACAAAACGCACAUACAAAUCAGAGUUUUACCAACACGCCAGUAUAAAGUAUAAUAUAUCAAUCGUAUUAUAAUAUACGUAUCGACUGCGACGAGUUUCCGGGAUUAUAAUUUAUAUGUACGACGGAGGCUGAUAAAUCGCACGUGCUGCAGACGACAAUUCAUAUAUUAUGACUCGAACGUAUUAUUAUUAUUAUUAUAAGUAGUAUUAGUAUUUUACCUAUUUUUAUUAUUAUUUUUCCGUAUUCGUAUGACCAUGACCCAAUUUUAAACAACGUACCUAUUUUGUCAUGAAUGUUUUUAAGAAGCGCGAUGGUAAAACCAAAAUUGUCUCCGCGUCAAGUUGCACAUAAAUUAUACAAUCAUUCGACGUAGCGUGUACACUGUACAAUAUACUUCGCGGGUAUUGUGACAAUUGAAAAUUGAAACAGUCGAAUAAUUUAUUUGGGUACCUAAACGAUGACGUCGGAUUUUUUCGAAUUUUAAUUAACGAUUCAAUUUUUAAAUACGCCGCAUUUCCGGCAGUGUUUCCUGUUUAUACACUCUUGCUAAUUUAUUUAGUAUAUAAAAAUCUGUAAAUCUGUAUGACGCGUGAACGCAAACUAAAAAAAAAAAAAGAAUGAUAAUUGCAUUAUAUUUUAUAUGCUAUUUUUUUUAGCCUUUGUGACUAAUAAUUAUCAUACAUAUACUCUUGCCUAGAUUGCCACAUGAUCAGGACCUCAUUGUUUGUGUUUAUUUUAAUCGUUUUUUAAUUAAAAUAUACCUCGUAACCACAGUAAGCGAGAACACUUAUUAUUUUGGUAUUAAUUUAUUCGAGAAAUCAAUAUUAAUAAUACGAUUUGUACAACAUUUAUAAACAAUUUAAAAUUUUGUUUAAAACAUUUUGUGUUACCCUCGUGCCCUCUUGAAAUUAUUAUUACUUAUUAGUAAGUUAUUUCAUAUUUGUGUUUUUUAUCGUGUCAGUAUAUAUUAUUAUUAACUUUUAUGAUAUAAUACCUAUUGAAUAUUAUAUAUAUACCUGCCAUAUGUUAAUAUAAUUACUUUUAUUUAAAUUAUAUAUAUUUAAUAUAAACAUUUACAUUUAUUGAAUUAUAAUCGUUUUAGUAUCUAUA